CACGCUCCUUAUAAUUGUUUACCCUUCGAAAUAAACGUCAGUUAGGUCAUCUUCCACUCCCUAAAGCUAAAGGAAACGUCGAAUUCUGACAGGAUGCCGCCAUCUGAUGAAGAGGCUCCAAGUACUGAAGUUCUGACAGUUCCGAAACAGGAUCUCCUUGAUUUGACAAACAAAGCUCUGACAGUUGCGGAACAGGAUCUCAUUGAUUUGACGAACAAUUUCAGUCCCGAGAAUCUUAUUUGCAAGGCUCAAUUCUGCAGGCUGUAUCGUGGUAAGGUUCCUCCUCAAGGAUGGAAGGGGAUUGAAGGGGAACGAAAUGUGACGGUUAAGGUGUGGGAGGAAACAGGGGUAAAUUCUGGUACUGCUGCUGCGCACAAAUUUUAUGAAGACCUUGUACACAAUUUCGAGUUUGAAAAAGGUUUUCUGACAUCCACUAAAGCAACUUCUAGUGACUACUUGCCAAGGUUGAUUGCGCAUGCCCGUGAAGACACUUCCAAUUUCCUUGGUGUUGUUUAUGAUCUUCACUCAGUAAAUACUCUGCGCCACUUUAUUCGUGAAGAGGAGUUCGAAUGGCAAGAAAGAGUUAAGGUAGCCACCAGACUUGCUCAGCUUCUUAGGUUUCUGAUUCAUGAUGAGCCAAGAUAUCUGAUCCAGGAUCUUUCUGCUGCCCACAUAAUGCUUGACAAGGAUUGGAAUCCCAUUCUGUUCAACUAUUUCAAUCUCGCUCUGGCUGAGGAUCUCAAGGGUCCACAGUACUCAACGGACCGACUGGAGUAUGGAUCCAAUGGCUACAUUGAUCCAGUAUGGUUGGGCUCAUGUUGGAGGGGAGAAUAUGGUGAUGUGUUUGCUUUUGGAGUUAUACUGUGUGAGCUUCUGUAUAAACGUAGGGUUGAUGAUAAUGUACUUCCUGACGGCAGCUGCUUUUUCCUUACCUUUGAAGUUUGGAGAGAUUUUCCCUUGGAAAAACCAAAGUUCAAAAGUUUGUUCAAGAAACAGAGAGAAUUUUCCUUCGUUCACCAGACUUUCAGGGAAGAUCCUCAUUUUAAUAAACUUGAUGGAUCCAAAAUCUCGAAGCUCGCAAGGCUGUGUGUGGAUCUUGAACUGAAAAACCGCCCCGAUAUGAAGCAAGUGGUGAAAUGUUUGAAGCAGCUCCAUGUUGUGAGAGGUGAUCAUUAAUGCAAGGCUAAAUAUGAACUGAAAAGUGUUUGAAAGAUUACAUAUCUGGAUGCCCUCAAGGAAAAUUGGUGUUAUGAAUGUUGAAAUGUUCACUGCUUAAGACAUUAAUUUUGGAGUUGGUAGCCGCUUUUGUUUAAUUGUUAUUAUCAUUGCCGGAGAAAUUUGUCUCUCUAGCUUGUUUGGUAUAGUUGACUUUGUAGUUUGAUCUCGGAGUAUCAAGUAAUGUGCUUCUGCCCGUUGUGAAUGAUACGUA